CUUAUUGGCAUAUGCUGAAAUGCAAAACCAGCGAUAGUUAGCUCAAGGGUUUAAGCUGGACCACGGAGAAACCCAACCCACCGCACUGCACAGUGCAUACCAUCUGUGUAACCCCCGCUCCAAGAAAUACCACAAUCCCAUAGCCCGUUUUGACCCCUCUCUAAUCUUCCUAUCUAUAAAAUCCUCCUCCUUUCCUUUUUUUGCUUGUAUUUUCUUUCGUUCCGCCCAAAAAGCUCUGUCCUUGAUCUUUACUAAUUUCUCGUUGGUUUUUCUGUUGUGUUGAGAUAUGGCUACAAAGAAGAGCGUCAGCAGUCUAAAGGAAGCAGAUUUGAAGGGUAAGAGAGUGUUUGUGAGGGUGGAUCUCAAUGUCCCUUUGGACGAUAACUUCAAUAUCACUGAUGAUACCAGAAUCCGAGCUGCCGUCCCCACGAUCAAGUACUUGAUGGAUCAUGGAUCCAAAGUUAUUCUUUGCUCCCAUUUGGGACGCCCAAAGGGUGUUACACCUAAGUACAGCUUGAAGCCUCUUGUACCUAGGCUAUCUGAACUUCUUGGGGUUCAGGUUAAAAUUGCUAAUGACUGUAUUGGUGAGGAAGUUGAGAAACUGGUGGCUGAGCUUUCAGAAGGAGGUGUAUUGCUUCUUGAGAAUGUAAGGUUCCACAAGGAGGAGGAGAAGAAUGAUCCUGAAUUUGCCAAGAAACUAGCUGCUCUUGCAGAUGUCUAUGUGAAUGAUGCAUUUGGCACUGCUCAUAGAGCCCAUGCAUCAACAGAGGGUGUAGCUAAAUACUUGAAACCUUCUGUUGCUGGGUUUCUCAUGCAGAAGGAACUUGACUAUCUUGUUGGAGCAGUGGCAAAUCCUAAGAAGCCAUUUGCUGCAAUUGUUGGUGGCUCAAAAGUAUCAACCAAGAUCGGAGUGAUAGAAUCCCUCUUGGGGAAGGUUGACAUCCUCAUAUUGGGUGGAGGAAUGAUAUUUACUUUUUACAAGGCACAAGGGCACUCAGUUGGGUCAUCCCUUGUGGAGGAAGACAAACUUGAUCUUGCAACUUCACUUAUUGAAAAGGCCAAGGCCAAGGGAGUAUCUUUACUGCUGCCCACUGAUGUGGUCAUUGCUGACAAGUUUGCAGCUGAUGCCGACAGCAAGGUGGUGCCAGCGUCUGCAAUACCAGAUGGUUGGAUGGGUUUGGAUGUUGGACCUGAUGCCAUCAAGACAUUCUGUGAAGCAUUGGAUACUACCAAAACAAUUAUUUGGAAUGGACCGAUGGGUGUCUUUGAGUUUGAUAAGUUUGCUGCGGGAACUGAGGCAAUUGCCAAGAAACUUGCAGAGCUCAGUGGCAAGGGUGUGACGACUAUUAUUGGAGGUGGUGACUCAGUUGCUGCCGUGGAGAAGGUUGGGCUAGCUGAUAAGAUGAGUCAUAUAUCAACUGGAGGUGGAGCCAGUUUGGAGCUUCUCGAGGGGAAACCACUUCCUGGAGUGCUUGCUCUUGAUGAUGCUUGAGCCAAGUUUUUGCCCGUACUUGCGAAAUUUAGUUCUGGUGUAUGGUUGGUUUCACACUUCACAGCCAUAAUGGACUCAUAGAACGCUGAUCUUAGGCUGUAGAUUUGAGUAAAUAAAUGUUUUCUGGUGAGCAUCUUCAAGGAUGGAUUGGUUGCGGAGUCUGAUGUAGUCAUUUCAGAAUGAUGUUUGCUUGAACAAUCCAAUUAAUAUGGGUUUGUUUUUCUUA